GAAGAAAAAGAAACCAAAAUCCGAAUCACAUACGAGUGUGAUUCAAUCGAGUGAAGAUGUUCAGAAACCAGUACGACACCGACGUGACGACAUGGUCGCCGGCGGGAAGGCUAUUUCAGGUAGAGUAUGCAAUGGAAGCAGUGAAACAAGGUUCAGCAGCAAUAGGUCUUCGAUCGAAAACUCACGUGAUUCUCGCGUGCGUCAACAAAGCUAAUUCCGAACUUUCAUCUCACCAGAAGAAGAUUUUCAAAGUUGAUGAUCAUAUCGGUGUUGCCAUCGCCGGACUCACCGCCGACGGCCGUGUGCUUUCUCGGUAUAUGCGUUCGGAGUGUAUCAACUAUGGUUAUUCUUAUGAAUCAGUGUUGCCUAUUGGUCGACUUGUUGUUCAGCUCGCUGAUAAAGCUCAGGUUUGUACUCAACGGUCCUGGAAACGACCUUAUGGCGUUGGCCUGCUUGUUGGUGGGCUGGACGAAUCCGGCGCUCACCUCUAUUACAAUUGCCCUAGUGGUAACUACUUCGAAUACCAAUCUUUUGCCAUUGGGUCUCGGUCACAAGCUGCAAAAACAUACUUGGAGUGUAGGUUUGAGAAUUUCACUGAUUCUUCACGGGGAAGUCUGCUUAAGGAUGCACUUUUCGCGUUGAGGGAGACAUUGCAAGGAGAGAAGCUAACGAGCACGAAUUGUACUGUUGCUGUGGUAGGAGUAGGAGAAGCUUUUCAUAUGUUGGAUAAAGAAACUAUCCAAGGAUUGAUCAAUGAAUUCGAGUUAGCUGGUGAAGAAGAUCCUGCUGCAACCACAGAUGCAGCUGCUGAUAUCGAACCAGCAGUACCUGAAGCGGGUGCCCCUACGGAUAAAGGUGCUGCACCAAUGGAUAUAUGAUGAUUCUGUUGGAUCUUGUUCUUGUUGAUAGAAUAUUGAGGUUUCAUUUCUACACAGUGGACGAUAUUCUCUUGUUGAACUAUUUUGUAAAGUAAUAUUUUUAGGAAAAAAUGUCA